AUGUACCAUCAAAUUCCUUAUAUCCUUUGUUAUGCAGCUGGUGGAAAUAAGCUCCAAUUCUUUGCUAUUAAAGCACAAGAUAUUACAACAAUCAGUCCAUGUUGUGAUUUAUCAAACACUGCUUCAGAACUCAAGAUAUCAUUGUCAAUAGAUGAUAAUGACUUAAAUUUAUUGUAUGAAAAAUUAAUACCACAAUUUGCUUUAAAAAGUAAACAAAAAUUUGGGAAAAAAGUGGUGGUAAAAAGGCUUGAUUUAAACUGUGCUAUUACCAGGUCAACUACAGUCUUAGAGGAAUCAGCACAUCAUAAAAAAAAAUUUGAUCCAACAUUUAUAGAAAAUAAACCAGAUUUUUCAGUUUAUAAUAUGUUCAAAGAGUCUAAUAAUAUUCUUUUAGUGAUGGAAGUAAAACCUCCUGUAAAGUCUAAUACAAAUCCAUUAUUCAGUGAUCUAAGAAAACUUGGCAAUGAGAUGAAAGAUAUAAUAGACAAGUGCAUAGAAGAUGGCAUUUAUGAUGAUAG